AUGUUUCAAAUUCUAAAAGCAAGAUAAAAUCAUGAUUUCCUCACUGCCACCGCCCUCCCUCAGAUGCUUCGAGGACAGACAGAACAAUUUGAUUAAACAAGCCAUACCGCCUAAACCAUGGACGAAACAGGGGAUGAGGAAGGAUGAACUCGAGGCCAAACCAUUACUGUUGGACACAAUUUAUGCUCCUAAUACAAUUACUAAAAUGGAUUCCUAUACCCAUUCCUUGAAUUUAAGAAAGUAAAACGAUCAUUUUACCAUUUUUUUAAGCAGACUAUUAACAACUCUGUUUUUAUGUGUGUUACAGUGACCAUAGAGGGACGCGGAACCAGCACAUAUGAGCUAGUAGCUCAUAUGGAGAGUUGUUGUUGCGUUUAAGUGGUUACUUCAUGAACAAGAACUGCCCCGCCAUGGUUGGUUACUAAAGUAUUUCCUUUUUCUUUUCUGUUUUUUCUUUUUCCCCCUGAAUAUGUUCUGGACUUUCACAUUUUUCCUGCUCUGUAAAAAAGCAUUCUUGUAAUG